AUGUCGCUUCGACACGUCCCAAGUGCCUUCGCCAGUCUCUUCAGGGUGCUUGCAUUUCGAACUACUGUACCAAUUGGGCCGUCCUCAGUCAUGUCUGUGGCCGAGCUCGUGUUCAUCUUGGGGUACAUUACUGCCUUGUUAGUCUGGCUGUGGAUCAACACCGAUGACAUGGAGACAUUUUAUUUUGAGGAUCGCGCAGCUCAUCUCGCCUCAUGUCAAGUACCGCUAAUCGUUGGCCUCGCUGGCAAGAAUAACAUCAUUUCUUUCCUUACCGGUGUCAGCCAUGAAAGACUUAAUGUCCUUCAUAGAGCAAGUGCUCGUGCUUGUUUGGUAUUGCUUUGGAUACAUGCCCUUAUCCGCGGAGUACCAGGUCUGCCCGAGAAGUUUGAUCUUUCGAAUGGCUGGAUGAGAUGGGGUGUCACCGGUCUUGCAGCUUUCUCUUUGGCUACUAUAUUGUCGAUUCGUCCGAUCCGCACUAGGUUCUUCGAAUUUUUCCUUGUCUCUCAUAUUAUCCUUAUCUUUAUUUUUAUUCUCGGUGGUCUUUUCCAUGCUGGGUCGAAAGAAUUUGGCUAUUACUUCUGGCCUGCCUUCCUGGUCUGGGGUUUCGACCGUUUCCUUCGUCUUAGUAGAGUCAUUUGGAAUAAUCGUGUUUGGUCUCGUACAUCGUCCGAAGAACAUCAUGCCUCCAUCGACCUUUUGGCCUCGGACACUGUUCGGCUGACACUUCGUCGUAAGAUGCAUUGGGUCGCUGGCCAGCACGCCUAUGUUCUCCUUCCCACUGUUAGCAACCUGCCAACAGAAGCACACCCUUUCACCAUUGCCAGUAUCCCCAAUUCUCUUGAUGGCACGCAAAAGGAUUGCCAAGAAAUUGUCUUCCUCAUUCGUGGCCACAACGGUUUCACGGGGAGGCUACGCGAACAUGCCUUAACAAAGGGCAAGGAAACCGCUGUACCAGCGUUCAUUGAUGGCCCCUAUGGUAACCCUCCCGAUUUAAGAAAAUUCUCGACCUGUAUCCUCAUUGCUGGUGGUUCUGGCGUGUCAUAUAUUUUGCCCCUAUUACUUGACAUUGUUCGAAUUAGAAAUGCUCGGAAUGGUACAAGUGCGUGUCAACGUGUCCUCUUUAUUUGGAUUGUACGCCGGCCAGCACAUAUGGAAUGGAUAUCAGAGAUCCUAGCUGAUGCGCUACUGGCUGCUCCUUCCACACUGUCUAUCGAACCACGCAUGUUCUUCACAGGGCCAAAGUUGAACAAGACUUCAUCUGACACCCUGCCAACGGAUUACAGUCCCAAUCUACCCACUCCUAUUUCGCCACCAUCACCUGAUGCUGUCAUAACCGCCAAGGCACUAGCAAGAGCCUCCAUAAGGACAGGGCAUGGGCGCCCAGAUGUCGAGGCAAUUAUCCAAGACGCGGUGUCUAUAUCAGCUGGUCCUGUCUCAGUGGACGUGGCUGGUCCUUCUUCACUAGCUUCUGCCGUCAGGGCAGCCACCUCGUUUGAGAAUUCGAGCCCGGUCAACAUACUCAAAGGGCGUCCUUCCGUCACGCUUCACGUAGAAUCCUUUGGAAUGGUCAAAUCGUAA